UGCAUAUUGCGGUCUUAUCCCAUUUCAGCACUGGUCACUUUUACGUGAUCGAACCGUCUACCAGAGGUCUCUCUGACCAGAGAUCUGAUGCCCCUUCCCCCACAUUGGACGGCAAAAGUCCGAGGACGUUUCAGCGAGCAGGGCGCUGUUGGAAUAAUUCUGCUUGUACAGAUUGCAUUGGAGUCAUGCUGACAGUCAAAUGAAAAGUGGCCCUGCGAGGAGAUGAUCCUGUAGGCUGUAGUUGCUUUUAACGAUUGGAGUUGUAUCCUCCGCCAAACUCUGCAUCUAAAAAAGCAGGCAUAAUGCUGACCAUAAUAUAGAAGGGCAGGCAGAUGAAUGUUAUGAGGUUGAAACCAUCUCUGGCGCAUCAAUGCACAGGUGAUUAACCCAGCUGAUUAACCUGGUGAUUGACCAUCCAUCAAGCCAGGCUGUGGGAUCUGAAAGUUUCCUUUCACCAUCAAGCUACUGCAUAGACUGCCCUUUCAGCACCACUCCUACAGACUCAUCCUCCAAGUAUCAGCUUUGCUUCGAGAUAUGAAUAUUUUUGAACGACGCAUAAAGUAAGCAGACAGGAGAUUGGUUGCGUUGACGAGCCUAAGGUCUGCGCCUCGUAGCUGUGGUGUUUGCGUAAGUGCGCUCUACCGAGCAGAAAGAUGGGGGUUCCAGUGGCCGGCAUUGUUGCUGGCUACACAUUAUCGUCGUCCAUACUGGUCAUCAUCAACAAGGUGGCCGUGACUGCAUUCCCUUAUCCUGCAAUCCUGACGAUGCUCCAAUACCUUUGCUCUGUCCUCUUUGUGGUCACCAAAGCUGUGAUUCAGCCAAAGAGCGAAGGGAGCGUGAAAGGGGUCCUUGGCGACUCCAGCUGGUUCUCAUGGGGCACCUUCAAGGCCUUCUUCCCUGCGGCACUCACCUACUUCAUCUGCAUAUUCACCAAUACGAAGAUCCUCCAGUACGCAAACGUGGAGACGUUCAUAGUGUUCCGGAGCUCGACGCCGAUCCUCGUGGCCAUCUGUGACUCGCUGUUUACCGGCCGGGCGUGGCCCAGCCUCCCGGCGUUUGCGAGCCUGGGGGUCAUCUUCAUGGGGGCCAUCACGUACAUGAUCACGGACUCUGCAUUCACGGUGCGCGCGUACUCGUGGGCGUUCGCUUACCUGGUCGUCAUCACGUUCGACAUGAUCUACAUCAAGCACGUGGUCAUGCACAUCGGGCUCCCCACGUGGGGCCUCGUCUACUACAACAACCUCACCGCGUUCCUCCUCUCCCCCCCGGUGCUCUACGGAAUGGGCGAAUUCCGCGGAGUCAUCGCGCAAGACUCGCAGGCGUGGUGGACCCAAAUCGUGCCCAUUGUCGCGUCGUGCCUGUUUGGCGUCGCAAUUUCCUACUUCGGCUUCUCGUGCCGCCAGGCGCUCUCCCCGACCGCGUUCACAGUCCUCGGCGUGAUGAACAAGCUGAUCACGGUGCUCGUUAACAUCAUGAUAUGGGACAAGCACGCGAGCGUGGUGGGAAUCGGCGCCCUGCUGCUGUGCAUCCUUGGGGGGGUGCUUUACGAGCGCGCGGUCAAGAAGGAGAGGGAAGCUGCUGACAACAAGGAGAAGGAGAUCAAGGAGGGCGACAAGGAUAGCCUACCUAUCGAGACCACGGUGCACGGGCCAAGUUCAUGGAACGAGAGGUUUGGAUGGAGGCGACUGUUCAGGCAAGCCGGCAAGGCAAACGGAGAGUACAGCGGCGUUGAAGACGACAAGCUCCUACCUAUGAGCCCCAUGCGGGAAGAGGGGAAGCAAGAGCCGUGAGCGCACAGUGACAAAUGCACACGCCGCGCGUUGAUGACGAACUACAAUUGAUCUUCUGAGUGUUUGAGACCGG